AUGCUGUCAGCGAUCAAUUAUCCCCGAUGGCUACCUGUUCUCACAUUAUUGGCGAUAUGGGUUGUUCUUAUCUCUCAAGGCCGACUCACUUAUUCUCCCUCUAUCGCCGAGCCUGAGUUAACCUCUCAAGCAAAUUUUACCACAGAAUCAACAACAAAAACUCCACGGAUUGUUAUAGUCUAUUCAUACACCGAAAGCGAAAAGUCCCGCGAGAAUUUACGAUACUUCGUGAAGUUUGGACUUCACCGUGCAGCUGACUUCAUUUUCAUCUUCAACGGGAGGACAGAUGCCCUCAGAGAAGUACCGGAAAGAGAAAAUGUCCAGAUUGUGACGCGAGAGGGAACUUGCUCCGAUCUUGGGGCUCACGGCGAAGUUCUUCGCGGCAACAAUAUCUGGGAACAGUAUGACUAUUUUAUUCUUCUGAAUGCUAGUGUACGGGGUCCGUUCAUGCCCUACUGGAGCAGUAGUUGCUGGUCUGACACGCUGUUGUCAAAAAUAACCCACAAAGCCAAGCUUGUUGGAAUAACUGCGAAAUGCUGGCCACGAUUUUAUGUUCCAUCAAUGGUCUGGGCCACGGAUCAAACUGGGAUCAGCCUUUUGCUUGAUGCUUCCUUAGGAAGAAGUCACUCGAUCUUCGGGGGACCUAGCGAGCUUGUUGGACUUAGCGGCUGCUACAAUACGCUUCACAGUGCCGCUCAUGCCGAGAUGGGAGCUACGUUGAUGAUCACGGGCGCGGGAUAUACCGUUGACGUCUUGAUGGCUUCUUUUCACAAAAUCGGCGAUGCUGGAAGUUAUUGUAAAUCAACACCUCCUGGGGUCCUGGAUCCACUCCGAGAGGGAGAUUAUUUUGGGUUCAGCAUUCAUCCGUAUGAGACUUUGUUCGCGAGAACCACGGCAGGUAUGAGCUCCCUUCCAGUGGAGAACCUGUCAUCUUGGAUGAAAGACAGUGGAUAUUCAAGUUAUUUGAGGUGCGGGGUGUAA